AUGUCUGAAGGUGGCAAGCAGAAGGAGGCUCUGGGCAAGCUGGAGAGGGAGAGGGACAUGGAGCUGGAGAACCUGCAAACCAGACUCCAGCAGCUGGACGAGGAGAACUGUGAGCUACGGUCCUGUGUGUCCUGCCUGCACGCCAGCAUUGAGAGGAUGGAGGAGGAGAAGAGGAAGCUGCAGGACGAGACAGAGAACUUGACGGACAGGCUGAACGAGGAGCUGGAGGUGCAGCGGAAAGUGUCCGGCAAGCUGUCCCACGAGCGACACAAAAGCCAGAAGGAGAAGGAGUGCACACAGGAGCUGAUAGAGGACCUGAGGAAGCAGCUGGAGCUGCUGCAGCUCUUUAAGCUGGAGGUGGAGACGCGGAGCGGCCGCUCCACCAGCGCCGGGCUGCAGGAGUACCAGACCCGCACCCGCGAGGCCGAGCUGGAGCAGGAGGUUCGCCGCCUCAAACAGGACAACCGUGGCCUGAAGGAGCAGAACGACGAGCUCAACGGCCAGAUCAUCACGCUCAGCAUCCAGGGGGCCAAGAACCUGUUCGCCGCGUCCUUCUCCGAGUCGCUGGCCGCCGAGAUCAACUCCGUGUCGCGGGACGAGCUGAUGGAGGCCAUUCACAAGCAAGAGGAGAUCAACUACAGACUGCAGGACUACAUCGACCGCAUCAUCGUCGCCAUCAUGGAAUCCAACCCCUCCAUUUUGGAAGUCAAAUAAAGGCCAGGUCCCCCCCCCCCAUCCACCCUCACACCGACCCUGACACCUGAGGGAGGGGUCCCGCAGGGCCCACACACACCGGAUAUUAAAGAAGAGGGAACAAAUUCCCAAAUUUGAGACUAAAUCCUUCGUGGAGGGUUCGUGAAGGGUUCCCCCUGGUGGUGGGUGUUUUUGUUGCACCCUGGAGAAGGUGUAUUUUUGUUCCUGGGGAUCAGUGAGCUGCCAGCGGACCCCAUGGACCGUACGAGUCCGCGUGCACGCCGUGCGGUCUCCGUGACGCCCCCGGGGAGGGCGUGGCGGGGCUUUGGCGUGUCUGUGGCUUACUAUAGACCCUGGGGGGGGUGACCAGCGCCCCCUGGAGUGGCCUCGUUUCACCCCCUGUUUUUGGGGGCCGGGUUGUUCGAGCGAAAGUGGUAAUUGACUGUUCCAGACUGGUUUGCUGAGGACCCCAGUUCCACCUGUCACCUGUCACCUGUCACAUGGCUAUAAGAGCACUGCACACUGUUAAUGAGUCGUCAUCAAACUGUUAAUCUGCUGCAGCUGGAGGUAUUCUGGGCACUAUGUCGCACUGUGGUGAGAUGUCCCUACAGCAGGCAGUGGGAUUUGCUCCGCCAUCUUGAUUUCUUACCUGGUUAAAACUAAGGGAGCUUCACCAGUUUAAUUUUGCACUCUUUAUCACAAAUGUUCACCUCAGUCACCUGUACUGUCUCUCAUAGGUGCACAUGCUAAAGUUUGAGGACCAAAAAUAUAAUUGGGAUUUUCACAAAUAUAUCAAUCAACUUUGGCAUCCAAAUAUGAUGUUAACACGCUUGAGUUUGCGCCAGUUUACAAGCUUUUUUGGAAUUCUUCACUAAGGUUUCUGCAGUCUUUCAGUCAGCUGUCCUGCACUAGAGGGGAGUGGAAGUAGGCACUUAUAGCACUUAGAAAAAUGUAACAAUGUCAAAAUGUUUGUAUUAAUAGCUGCAACAUCACAAUAGGCUUCUACAGAGAUAAAAUCUACCUGUUAGCGGAGAGGUUGUGUCGAGUCUUUUUCCCUGAAAGUUUUGAGUGCUACCCAUGCUGCCAGCCGAGUUGUUAGCCAUGCUGCUAGCCGUGCUGCUAGCCGUGCUGCUAGCCGUGCUGCUAGCCAUGUUGCUAGCCGUGCUGCUAGCCAUGCCAGUCCCAGCCUGAAUCCCAUGGCUGAAAUGGAGUGACGGAGUAGACCGGCCCAUUUUAAUGUUUCCCAUGAAAUGCGCCUCUUCCUGAGGGAAAUUUCCUGAAGCAGUCUGGCUCAGCUGCGGAGAACAGGGUAUCCUGCGGGUCUGCAUGACGAGGUGCUAAUGCUAAACAAACACACCCCUAGUGGAGGUGUUGGGACUCCACUCCACGUUCAUCGCACAUGUAUGGGGCACAUAUUGAACUCCACCCUGCAGUAUCAGCUAGCAAGAACACAGAUACACAGGAUCCAGCCGAUAGAAAUGCCAGCCUACAGAAAUGUCCAGCCAAUAGAAAGAGAGAACAUUUAGUGACACCACAACACAGGAAGAUACUAACUUAAAUGCACGGACGUUCCUGAGCAAUAACUAGAGGGCGUGGUAAGAGUGAGAACAGGAGCAGCACAGGACUGGGGAGCUAAAAGAUUUCAGUUUUAUGGUGUGAGGAACCACCAACAAAGCUCCAUCUGAGUCACCCAUGAAAAAGACCACCUUAACCUCACCAGUUCUUCAAGGCAACUGUCCGAUUGAUUUAGUAUUUAAUUGGAACAUAGAGGCCAAACAGACUCUUGUCACUUGCCAACGAGUUGACGUGGACACAUCAUUGACGGGGACACUGAACAGGCACGUUGACUGUGGAUGUUAAAGAGGGAUGGGGUGUGGCAGCACUGCUGAGUGUGCAGGCGGUGCUCUGGGACCGCGUGGAAGAGGCCUCGGAUCUCGCCGUCUCACUCACGCCCCAAAACGCUCACCGACUAUUCCUUUCUUUAUUCAGUACCUAAUGAAAUGGCCUUAGAUGUAAAUGGCUGUACAUGGACACCGCUGGAGAAUUUUCUACCCCGUAGAUGUAGUUAUUUUUAUGGGAAGAGAAGGACAGCGCUAUUUGGUUGGGUUCUCCAUGGGGUCAUGCCUUCUGGAGGAAUGUGAGCUCCAGUUCCCCUGCCUGGACUUCAUUUAUUUCCCUCCUGUGUAAAUACGAUGCAUGGUUCUGCCCUCAUUUCAGAAUCCAUCCCUCGGACUCCCCCUUUAAACCCACGGCAAGAGGGACCAUUAUAUUUUUAUCUCUUUUUUUUUUUUUGUAUAGUGAAGGAAACUGAGCUUCUAAACAUCCCGUGUCAGUGCUGCGGUCCUGGGGGAGAGCCGUGUCAGUGCUGCGGUCCUGGGGGAGAGCCAUGUCAGUGCUGCGGUCCCAGCUCGGCUCUCUGUGGACUUGGUCCUGGGGGAGAGCUGUGUUUGUGGGGUGGGCUGUUUCUCCAAAACGUCUCGCUGGCGGGUUAGAUGCCCAAGGCCGCAGUUUAUCUGUUUGCAGCCAUGUAAGAUCUUUUCCUUUCUCCGAUUUAUCUUUCUGGGUAGCUGCUCGCUGUCGUGUCUGAAAUCCAGAGACCUGGAAAGUCGUCUGGUAGUCAGCUCCUUUUGUUUUUAGCCGUGCAGGACAAGGCUUUUCUGGGAAAGACCAGGACCACUGAACCGCUAAGAAACCAGAACCACGGACGGGUUUGGAGGAACACGCUUCUCAAGUAGACUUUUUUUUUUGGCUAUCAGAUUUCUGGGGGUUUAAUGCUACUCUAUUCCUGUUCACAGAGGGGAACCGGUGGUAGAAUCAACUUACUGGUGUGGUUUUGACACACUUUUCAUUGCACAACAAUUCAAUUAGUAGUUUUGUUUGUCUUUUCCCCACUGCAGGAUUUAACGUCAACUGAUGAAUGGAAAUUCGAGAUGCACUUUAGCACCACUUCAACAUCUCAUUUGUCCUGUUUACAAAAUUGCCAAAGAAUUUGCUUCUUGAGAAAUGACCUUUUCUCCGAGCGCUGGUAGCACAGGACUUUGAUCUAGUUUCCAUGGUAACAGCAUUCUUGGACAGGAACCAUAAACAUGGAUUUUUUUUGUUCCUGACGUUGUGACUGCACCACUUCAAAAUAAGGCUAAGCUUGCAAAAUUGAUAGAUUCGUUAUGAUAUGCUCAUUCGUUAUGAUAAGACUCCAGUUUCUGGCUUGGCUUCACCACUUCAUCACGUGUAUAUUGUUUAAAACACCUGACCCGUCUGCUCUGAAAUUCUGGUAAGCUGGCCCAAGGCUCAGUUAAGUCGACCUUCUCUCCCAGAACGUGCCCGGUUGUUGGUAUGAACAGCGUUGAAUGACCACUUUUUUGUCUGUGUGAAAUAAAAAAUAUAAUAAAGUUUAA